AUGCUACCGUUUAAAGUAGGGAGAGGAGUAAGUCUUGAAAAUGUCAAAUUCCUAAACGUAUUUUAAACCACGACACUUAACCAGUUACAACUAUGACUUAAGUCCACGAAAGUGUCUCCGAAGCUCAUAUCAAAAUUCAAAAAGUUUAAGUGGUAUUGACUAUAAAUAUAAACCAGCUUCAUAAAUUUAAAUUUCGAUUUCGUUUGUUUCUGUCGCAGACGUUAAUGAUCAUUCAAUCUCUAAUCAUGAGUGUAACCAUGGCAUACAAAGUCCUAGGAGCUUCCAAGAGGGACCACAUUCUUAAAUCAUUGGACAGGGCUGAGCUAAACGAAGAGAUAUCUGAAGAUAAACCGGAUGUUAGGUCUGUAGCCAUAUUGUUGUUUGUAGGGUAUGAUCCACAGUGCCGCAAAAUUGAAACUUUAUGCAGGUUGAACUGUUUUGAACUAGUUUAGAGCAAUGCGUGUUAAUGAUUAUUACGGAUCUUCGCGUCAGUGACACGCGAUGAGUUGUUCUCUCUGGCCUCAGCUUAUAUUGCAAACAUAAUUUGGUUAAUUCGCAUAACAAAUCUGUGUAGUUCGAAGCGCGAGGGGGUAAACGCGAAAAUUAGCGAACCAAAAACAACUAAACAGACAUUUGUUAGCCAGUGUACGUGAGCCAGCUAUGAGGCGUUCUGAAAAGUGAGGCCGUGGUUUCGCAAACAAUGACAAACACAGUGAAGCAUUUCAACAAUGCGGAAAACUUUGAGCACCUGAAAGAGCCAUGAGGGUUUCAGUGCACGCGAGCUCUGCGGAUCAAAGGACGAUCUGUAUAACGCAUGUUGUUUGUGGUAAGCCAACAAGCCAACUAGGACGCGAAUGCGAGACAAGCUGUACAUAACUUAUUCUUCAAAUGAAUUUUUGCUGCCUUUGGGUUAAAUUUUUCCUAGAAGCCUCGAGGCGGCAGGCCUUUACUUGCCUGACUUGCAUGCAAGGGUCAGUCAUUUGUCUUAUAUCGCCUUGGUGUCAUGUGUUUUGAAGCAUGCUACCUUGCAUGAAUGCUCUCGCAUGUUGUCGUGA